AUGUGGACGCGCGCGAGCGCCGCCGGCGCGAUGGUUUCGCUCGCGAUGGCGAGCGGGACGGCCGUCGCGUACACGGCGGGGACGGCGUGUUACCCCGAAGCGGCGUGCGAGUCGGGCGGAAGCAACACGUUCGAUAAAUACCAGCGAAGAGUGUGUCAAAUGCUCGCGGACACGAGCAAGUAUUGCAUCAUCCCGAGCGAACCGACGGACGAAUUGAGUGGGUGUUCGCGCGAGCUGCUGUAUCACGGUUGGUGCGACGCGAACAAGUACGUCUUUGAAUCGGGAUGUUUGGCCAAACAUCCGACGACGGAUUCUUCGGCGUGCUCGAAUUGCAAUUUCGAUUCGUAUCCGACAGCGUAUUGGAGCGUGGGGGCGCCAUAUCCUCUACACCCUGGAAUGGUUAAUCACGCUUUCCGAGAGUGCGUGGUCGAUUACGUCAAGGCGAAGAUCGAAGAAGGUUUUGCCGCUGAAGGUAUGACCGCGGAUGCGACAUCGCUUCAGCAGCUCGCAGAGCAAGAAUUUCCGGUGGAACAAAUGGUGGACGUUGACGAUUACAAAGAGCAGUAUUCAAGUUAUUACUUAGAUGAUGGAGACUUCGACGAGUUGGACGAAGAGAUGACCGAUGAACACCUCGACGACGUCUCCGGAUCCGUUGACGAAAGCGUCAUGACGAAGACAGUAACGGCUUCGUGCUCUUCGCCCUCAGACGACAAAAUCUGCUACAAAAUGUGCGCUGGUGACCUCGGUCUUAAUCUCGAGUAUAAGAUCAAGGUGCCGAAAGUCUGCGCUAAAAUCAAAAUUCUCGGGAAGAAGUUUAAGAAAUGCAUCAGAGUCCCGACGACGAAGUUUAAAAUUCCAAACAAGUGCACGAACUUGUGCGUCAAUAUUCCAGGUUACUGCGAGAUGCAAGAAGCGGCGAGUGCGAUUACACAGAUAAAGAACAUCAGAUCACUCGGUGAUUUGGCAUUACCCUGCAAAACACUGGGUGGGCCGGGCGAUGUCUGUAAUCUGCUCGAAGAAGCCGACGACGCGUUUAGAGCGAUGGAGUCGAUGGCGAAAAUAGCCACGACGUCAACGGUCGACGCCUUUCUCGAUCUGCGAGUGUUACCGUCGAUAUUGCAAAACGUCCUCGACGAAGCUACGGACGCUUUGGAGGACAUCGCCAACGGCCUCGAAAAUAAACUCCGCAACUUGGUGGAACAUGUCUGGGGUACGGUUGCGAGCUCGUCGUCCGAAGUCGUAUCGUUCAUCGAAAAUAACGUCAAGGGUUCAAUAUGCGCAUCGUCGAGUUCCACGGCAUCGCUCGGAGCCGCGCGCGAAGAGCGACGACUCGCCCUCGUAAAUGACAUUCAUCGCGGCGUGCGCGCUGCGUUCCGGGGCGACUCGACUCCGACGCACUCAGCGCGUCCAAUCGUUCCUAAUCUAGGCGCUGGGCAGUGUUGCUAUCACAUCCCGUUCGCGUGUAGCAGCGAGGUGGAUUUCCCAAUGCCUUGGCCGAAGGCCUUGGAGAAUAUAUCGGACUCACCGGGUGCCGUCGUUGUGAACAUGCCGGGCCUGGAAUUCAACAUCUGUGGCGAGAUCACGCAGUUUAAGGUGGACGAGAAAGUUGCGACGAAACUGGUGAAUGCUUUUGGUGAUAUGUUCGAAGCGCUCUUUGCAGCACUUUACGAAGAGAGCGGACUGAAAAAAGUCGUGGAUGACGUGAAAGAUCUGACAAAGGACAUGUUUGGGUCGUCGGCGGCGCUCGGAUCGUAUGAUCGACCGUCUUUCUCCACCGACGACCGCAAACAUCUGUUGAGGAAAUACGUCGAAGUCAAAAACCGGAUGGCAGAGACGGAGACAAUCGUUCUGGAGGAACUUUUGAAAAUAUCUGACACCAUUCAUUCGCCCGAAUACUUGACGCAUACAACACGGACGCCGUCGCGCGAUGACGUGCCGUCUCUGGGCGGCGAGAACUUGUUCGAAAAGGUCCUGAAUGAUUUCGCCGACGAUUUGCAGACGGCUCUUAAAUCUAUGGCAGACACGACAGUCGUGAAGGCGGAUAUGUCAAUCAACGUGAAAGGAGACACGUCCAUCAAUGCGAAGGCGAGCGUCUACAAGAUCGGCGACAUCAUCGACAAGCUCGAUAUUCCAAAUAGCUUUGCGGGCGUCCACGUCGCCCCUCUGUUUCCCGGUUUAACCGCGGCGCUUCAAUACGACGUGUUGCUUUCGAUGCCAUAUUACGUCAACAUCGACAUGGAGGCAUCUUUUGCCUUGGGUCUCGAUAUCGAUAUCCCGAUAUCUCUCGAACUUUCGAAUACACCAAACUUCGCCAUGGGCUCGCCCGCCGUGAACUUGGUUCCGACGUACACCGCAGCCGGUAAGUCGAGCGCGCAGGUAGGCGCGAGUGUUGAGAUAAAGAAAGGCUGGAUAGCGCUGUGCGCGGGGACUCACUGCGUCGGCCCAUGGAUCAAAGCGCGCCAAGACGUCUACGUCGGGGUCGACACCUGGGCUUUCGCCAACUGCGACUCGGGAUAUGGCGAGCUCGUGCCAAAAUGGACCGACGGAUUCUCUUAUUCGAGCAAAAAUCAAGCAGCAUGCGCAGGUUCACUCGCAGGCGCUGGUGGCUACGCGCAAGUGCCGAAGACGGGCAAUAUUCUCGCUCAGGUACUGUUCGCCCCCAUGCCGAUCAUGCCCUCGGGCGCGAGCGCCGCCUCGCAAUCCGCGGCGCGUCUCGGCGACGACGACGACGAGUGCGAGGCUCAGCCAAUGGGUAUGAUACUGGCCGAUUACACCAACACCGUGCAUAACGCCGUCAUGGCGGGCGGCGAUAACUGGUACACGACGGAUUUGUUUGCCGAGUGCCCGUCCGCGGGCAAGUGCCCCGCGCCGUCACCGCCGCAACCGUACACGCCAACGGCGAACACAAAGCUUGCCAAGUACAACGCCCGGUGCUGCGGCAACUCCGGCGAUUCGCGCUGCGCCGCAGCGAUCGAAGGUACGUACGAAACGCUCUGCGCCCAGCUCUGCGACGCCUGCGCGGGUUGUGUCGCCUUCGACUACCAAGCCAGCAAGAACAAAUGCGGCUUCAGCAAAAGCGAUAGCACGGAGGACCGGGUGGGAUUCACGCACUUCGGUCACGGCGCGACGCCCGCGUCCAAAUCUUCCCUCGGCUCUCGCAUGCGUUUCAGCGCGCGCGCGUCGUCGCCAACGUCACCAUCCGCGCUCACCGCCGUCUUCGUCGUCGCCUUCGCCGCCGCCUUCGCCUCGGCCGCGUUUCGCCGCCGCCGCCUCGACGACGCUCGCCGCGCGCGCGUCGACGAUUACGGCGCGUUCGACUGAUCGACGCGUCCCUCCGGCGCGUCUCGCGCUCGAGCGUUCGAGUCGAUCAUCGCUCCA